AUGAUGAGGCUCGCGUGUGCGCCCCUGCUGUCGAUCCUGCUCUCCAUGCUCGCGCGGUGGGCCGUGGCGGAGCAGCCCCCGGCCGCUGGCCUGGACUGCGAGCCGGGGGACGUCGACUUCGAGACCGUGCAGAUCGACGGGGAGGACGUGGUCUUCCUCCGGGCGGGCCCCGGCUGCCCGAGCGCGGAGCCCGAGCUGCCCUCCGGCGCCGCGAGGGGCGCCGCCACCACCAGCGUGGCGGGCGCCGCCGCGGCAGGGGCCACCACCACCACCGGCGGCUGGGAGGUUGCCGCCGCGGGCGUCGCGGGGGACACCACCACCGGCGCGGAGGCGGCCACCAGCGCCGAGGCGACCACUGGUGCCGCCGCCGAGGAGACCACAGCUGGCGCCGCCGAUGAGGCCACUGGCGCCGCCGCCAGCAGCACUGGCGGCUCAGAGGAGGCCGGGCUCGCCGGGGGGCCCGAGGAGGCGGCGCACACGUCGUUGCAUCCGGCGCUGGCGGUGGCCUCGGCCGGCUCCGACGAGCCCGCGGCCAUCCUCGCCGAUGGGCGUGCGCAAAAGGCGACUAGGACCUCCUCUGUGAGCUCCCAGGAAGCGCCUAGGGCGGCGGAGGCGGCACACACUGCGUUGCGGGCGGCGCUGGCGGUGGCCUCGGGCGGCUCCGACGAGCCCGUGGCCAUCGUCGCCGAUGGCCGUGCGCAAAAGGCGACCAAGACUUCCUCGGUGGCCCCGCAGGAAGCGCCUCGGGGCGCCUGGCCGGUCUGGCUCCAGGCCCCGUGCCUCGCCCUGGCGCUGGGGCUCGCGCUCUUCAUCUCCCACAGGGUGUACGACCGGAACGUUCGCGCGCCCAGGCUGCGCAAGGAGCGGGCCGCAGCGCAGGCCGCCUGGCGCACGGCGCCCGCGCGGGAGGAGGACCUCGAGGAGCGGGCGCUGCGGAGCGCCGAGGAGGGCGCCCGCGCCGCCGCGCAGGAGGAGGCCACCCGCUGCGCCCGCGCCGCGGCGGAGCGCCGCGCACGCGAGGAAGCCAUGCGCCUCGCGCGGUGGGAGGCGGAGCGCAUGGCCCGCGCGGCCGAGGAGGCGCAGGCCGGCUACGAGGCCGAGCGCGCCGCGGCCGCCGCGGCGGACGCCGAGGCGGCCGCCGGGCGCCCCGCGGGGGCCGAGGCGGCCGCCGAGGGCCCCGCCGAGCGCUCCGCCGAGCGCCCCGCCGAGGGCCCCGCCGAGGGCCCCGCCGAGCGCCCCGCCGAGCGCUCCGCCGAGCGCCCCGCCGAGCGCUCCGCCGAGCGCUCCGCCGAGCGCGAGGCGGCGGAGGCGAGGCGGCGGCGGCGCAGGGAGCGCGAGGCGGCCGCGCGCCGCGCAGGCGCGGGGCUGGGCGCCGAGGAGGCCGAGGGCCACGGCGGGGCCGCGUGACCGCUCGGCUCCCCGCGGGGCGCAGCCCGCUCGCCUCGCCCGUGCCCCCCCCCCCCCUGCCUCGGGCGCCGCGCGCCCCAGGGCGCCCCGCCCUCGGAGGGGGGGAGGGGCGUCGGCGCCUCGCCCUUUGGAGAGCUCCCCGGACAGCUAUCUGCCCCCCCCCCCCCGCCCCCUGACCGCGAAGCCGGCGCCAGGAACGCCUGUGCCACACGUGUACAGGAGAGAGUCUGGCGACAUCACCCAUGUGCGCGAGUGGAGCGACAGAGA